AUGACGGUCUCUGGGUCGACCAUUCGGGACUGUGCGGGGCAUGGGGGGGCACCCGGCCCCGUGCCCUCCGCGAAGAUGGAUUUCAACCUGCGGUCUCUCCUGGAACAGCUGGAGCUGGAGGAGUUGAGCAAGUUCAAGUCUCUGCUGAGGACCCUUCCCCCACAGGAUGAGUUACAGCACGUGUCCCAGACGGAGGUGGACGAGGCCAGCGGGCAGCAGCUGGCGGAGAUCCUCACCACCCGCUGCCCCGUCUUUUGGGUGGAGAUGGUGACCAUCCAGGUCUUCGACAAGAUGAACCGAACGGAUCUGUCCAAGAGAGCCAAGGAUGAGCUCAGAGAAGCGGCUUUGAAGUCUCUUCAGGAAAAUGAGCUUCCAUUAGAGCUCACUCAAGCACAGGGCGGAAGUGUCACCAACCCAGAAGACAUAAGGGAAACUUCGGAAGGAGAAACGCCAGGUCAACAGGACACGUACAGCAAUAUAUGGAAGACAUCCGGGCCCAUCUGGAAGCAAAGCCCUUGGCCCGAAGCCCAUGAACACGUCCCUUCGUUCACGCAGAGAUAUGAGAGACUGGUCCCCUUCUGUAACCCCAGCAUGCGGGCCGGGCCCUUCCCGCACACGGUGGUGCUGCAGGGCGCGGCGGGCGUGGGGAAGACCACGCUGGCCAAGAAGUGGAUGCUGGACUGGGCCCAGGACCACCUCCCCGAGACACUCCACUCCGCCUUCUACCUCAGUUGCAAGGGGCUGGGCCGCCAGGGCGCCUGCACUUUCGCGGAGCUCCUGGCUAGGAAGUGCCCAGACGCGCAGGAGGCCGGCCCCCAGGUCCUCGCCCUGGGCCAGAAGGUCCUGGUGGUCAUCGACGGCUUCGACGAGCUCCGAGUGCCCUCGGGGUCCCUCAUCCACGACAUCUGCGGCGACUGGAAGGCGCCGAAGCCCGUCCCCGUCCUGCUGGGCAGUUUGCUGAAGAGGAAGCUGCUGCCCAAGGCCACGCUGCUGGUCACCACGCGCCCCGAGGCCCUGGGGGAGCUGCGGCCCCUGCUGGACCAGCCGCUGCUCAUCGAGGCGGAGGGCUUCCUGGAGGCGGACCGCAGGGGCUACUUCCUGAGGCACUUCGAGCAGCGGGACCAGGCCCUGCGCGCCUUCCGGGCCAUGCAGGGCAGCCCGGCGCUGUUCCCCAUGGGCGCGGCGCCCGCCGUGUGCUGGGUCGUGUGCACGUGUCUGAAGGGGCAGCUGGAGAAGGGGGAGGACCCGGCCUCCACCUGCCGGACCCCCACCUCGCUGUUCCUGCGCUUCCUGUGCGGCCAGUGCCCGCCGGCAGCCCCCGGCCGCGGCCCCGCCCCGCGCCUCCCCACUGCGCUCCAGGCCCUGAGCCUCCUGGCCGCCCAGGGCGUCUGGGCGCAGACGUCCCUGUUCGAUGGCCAAGACCUGGGGCGGCUGGGCGUCGGCGAGUCCGACCUGCGCCCGUUCCUGGACGGCAAGGUCCUGCAGGCGGACGCGGACUGCGAGGGCUGCUACGCGUUCCUGCACCUCAGCGUCCAGCAGUUCCUGGCCGCCCUGUUCUACCUGCUGGACGGCGCGGGGCCGGGGGACGCGGGCGGCUGCGGCUGCGCGCAGGACGUCGGGGACGUGCGCGCCCUGCUCUCCAAGGAGGAGCGGCUGCGGAACCCCAGCCUGACCCGCGUGGGCCACUUCCUGUUCGGCCUCGCCAACGAGGAGCGGGCCCGGGAGCUGGAGGCCACGUUCGGCUGCCGCGUGUCCCUGGACGUGAGGCGGGAGCUGCUGCGAGUGACGCGCGCCAGGGACUGGCCCUUCUCCUCCAGGGCGGACACCAGGGAGCUGAUGCGCUGCCUCUAUGAGUCUCAGGAGGAGGCGCUGGUGAGGGAGGCCCUGGCGCCCGUCACGGAGCUGGCCCUGCACCUGCAGAGCGAGAGGGACCUCGUGCAAGCGUCCUUCUGCCUCAGGCACAGCCAGGCCCUGCGCGGGCUCUCGCUGCAGGUGGAGAAGGGGAUCUUCCUGGAGAAUGACGGGAUCUGGGAGCCAGGCACGUGGGCGGAGCGGUCCCGGAGUGACCAGCACCUGCUUCCCUUCUGGAUGGACCUCUGCGCCGUGCUCGGCUCCAAGGACCUGGUCUUCCUGGACAUCAGCCAGAGCUCCCUCAGCACCUCGUCAGUCAGGAUUCUUUGUGCAAAAAUCGCCUCUGCGCCCUGCAGCCUCCAGAAAGUGGUCCUCCGAAAUGUCUCCCCCGCCGAUGCUUACCAGAACUUCUGCAUCAUUCUUGGUGGUUACGAGACUCUCACGCACCUGACCCUUGAAGGAAGUGAUCAGAGUAACAUGCUUCCCAUACUGUGUGGGGCCUUGCUUCACCCAAAGUGUAAUCUGCAAUAUCUCAGGUUGGUGUCUUGCUCUGCCACGGCCGAGCAGUGGGCUGAUCUCCCCACCUCCCUCGAGACGAACCAUUCCCUCACGUGCUUGAACCUCACGGCCAAUGAGUUCCAGGACGAGGGCGCCAAGCUGCUGUACAUGAUUUUGCGACACCCCAAGUGCACCCUGCAGAGGCUUUCGCUGGAAAACUGUCACCUUACAGCCGCCUAUUGCAAGGAGCUGGCCUCCACUUUGAUGGUCAACCAGAGGCUGACACACCUGUGUUUGGCCAAGAACGACCUUGGGGACCACGGGGUGAGACUUCUGUGCGAGGGCUUGAGCUACACGGAAUGUCAGCUACAGACCCUGGUGCUGUUCCACUGCAGCAUAACCAGCGACGGCUGCAUCACCCUCUCCGCGCUUCUCCAAGAAAACUCGAGGCUCACGCACUUGGACCUGGGGCUGAACCACAUCGGAUUCACGGGGGUGAAGUUUCUGUGUGAGGCUCUGAGGAAACCCCUGUGUCACCUCAGACGUCUCUGGUUAUGGGGGUGUGCGAUUACCCCUUUUAGUUGUAUAGACCUCUCGUCGGCCCUUAGCAGCAACCAACACCUCGUCAGUCUGGACCUGGGCCAGAAUUCCUUGGAGUACAGCGGGAUAAAGAUGCUGGGAGAUGUCCUGAAACUUCAGAGUUGCCCUCUCCAGAAACUCAGGUUGAAGAUGGAUCAUUCUGACGCCCAAAUCCAGAAGCUGCUGGCAGAAAUCAAAGAGGGCAACCCAAAACUGACCAUUGAGAGGGACAACGAGGAACCCAAAAAUAACAGGCCUUCUUCUGCGUACUUCAUUUUCUGA